AGCCAUCGAGCCGUUCGCACACCACCCUUCCUCCUAUCCACCAUCUACACCCAGGGCUCGCGCACGCGUCCAUGCAGCCCCCACCGUCGCGUCCGCCCCCGCGAGCUAGCUCGCCUCCGUACAUGCAGGGCGCGACGUACCCCUUGGCAUCUACGAGUAGUCUUGGAGUGCGCCCCGCACCAGAGGACUCUGACCCGGAGACGAGUCAAGGUCGCCAGAAGCAGAAGCGGCGCCGUCAGGCUCUGAGCUGCACAGGUGCCCCCUAGCCUAUCUGUCACAUCCGCGCGCAUGCUGACGCAUCGACCAUCGUGCCUGCUUAUCACCCUUCAUCUCCCGGUCUCAUGUCCGCGCGCGAUUGGGUUUGCAGAGUGCAAACGGCGCAAGAUCAAAUGCGAUAGGGCGAACCCGUGCGGGCCCUGCGUGCGCCGCGGCGAGCAGGCGAAGUGUCAAUGGCACGUAAUCGAACCCAUGGAGAAGUACGUCACCCGGAGCGAGUUCGACGAGCUCAAGGCGCGAAUGCAGGAUCUCGAGGCGGCAGUUCUGCGCGGGAUUCCUGGGGUCUCCCCGCCCGCGCCCACCUCGCGACGGCCCAGCAUGUCGGCAACGAUGCCCAUGACAUCGGGACACCCCGCGGAGCCCGUCCACGGCACCGCAAUAAUGCCCUACCAGGCAUAUGGUGCUACAUCCGUUAGCCCAUAUGCGCCGCGACCAGGCUCUCCGCGCUCGCCCGCGAGAGGCGAGCCGCCCCCAUACUACCGCCAUGCACACCCACCUCCGCCACCCCAUUCAACCGCAGGCCGGAGUCCAACGAUGCCGUACCACCAGCCCCCUGGGUCCAGCGCGUCCGCGCGCCCCGGAUCCAUCGGCGGAAGCGCCCUGCACCUCCCGCCGCCGUCACCGCGCUCGCCCGCGCGUGCCAUUUCCCCAAGCGUGCGUACCUCGCCGUCCGUCCGGCGCUCCUCCAUUUCGCUCGCGGAGAUCACGACGCCGUACCACGCGCCCCCUGGCGGCGGGGCAGGCCCGGGGCCGGGGCCAAAAAAUCACAGCGCGCAGACGACACCGCCGCCGGGCCCUCGUCUGCGCCCGUCGCCCCCGCCAGGCCCGGCCACCGCACUCACCCAAGCAUCCCCUCACCUCCGUAUCCACAUCGUCGACUUGCAACGACGGCGUCCGGUCCAAGUGUAGAGUCCCCCUCUCCUCCCCGCCCCGCCCCCGCGUCUGCUCCCGCGCCGCGCCAGCCGUCUGCGGCGCCCUCCGCACCGCCCGCUGCGCGCGCUCCGAGCCGUCCGUCGACCCUGUCCGCGUCGUCCUCGUCCUCGUCAAGCCGCUCGCUCGGGCAGGACACCUCCGGGGAGUCGUCCGCGUCUCACCGUGGGCACGCGUGACAACAGUCGGCGCGGCGCCGCCAGCGCGCCGUGCCGUCUAUAUCAAUCUAACGAUUCGUGCCCAGGAUCACUCCUGAACCUGGAGGCCCGCGGAACUAUAUUGCACCGUCUACUUACUGUACCACAUACAAUACCGGCCCCACGGGGUUAGGGUGCUCGGUUGUCAGCGCCCCUGUCGUCGUAAGCUUCUCCGUCGCCUAUUUAUUAUCAUGAGCAUCCUGUGGUCCGUACCUUACGCGCGCUCCUGCAAACUGUAUCAUAUACCCCAGAUCUCGUCGAGAACGCACUCA